AUGCACUUCGACCUAUUGGCUAAUACCAGGGAACAUGAAUUUAAGUACUACCAGCCCAUGGCAUACUACAUCAUCAACAAUUCUCCCUUUGGCUUUUCGGAGACCCCAUGGCCAAACAGCUCUCAGACCGACAAUGCAUCUGACAGCUGCAAUCACUUCAAAUACUUGGCAUAUACCAUCACAUAUAGCGUAAUGUUUCCUUUCGGAUUAUUCAGCAAUUCGAUUGCUCUGUUCGUGUUCCUGAGGUACAGCCCUAGGAAGUCAGCCAGUACUGUGUUCAUGACCAACCUCGCCAUAUCAGAUGUUUGUUUCUCCACAACGCUUCCCUUUCGUCUGAUCUACUACUUCAAAGAAUGUCAUUGGACAUUUUGGGACUGGCUUUGUCGUUGGUGUACAUUCGCUUUCUAUGUGAACAUCUACACCAGUGUACUAUUUCUGACAGGUCUGAGCGUUCUGCGCUAUCUUGUCGUGGUGCAUCCCAUGCGCAGUAGGACUAUUGUCACUGUGCGCCGGGCCAAGUUUGCAUGUUUUGGCAUCUGGGUGUUUGUAGCAUUGUCAUCUAUACCUUUCCUUAUGUCAGGAACUAUUAAAAAAGGAAAGAAAACACACUGUUUUGAGCCUGGAAACUGGAAGACAAUAUACCAAAUCAACUAUCUUGCACUGGCUCUGGGCUUCCUGAUCCCAUUUAUCAUUAUCCUGGGCUGCUACGGGUGCAUCAUCCGAAGUCUUUGUGCAAAUCGGAAAGUUCAGAAACACAAACGGAAACGUCAGCGCUCCGUGUACCUGAUUGCCGUGAUUCUCAGCACCUUUUUGCUCAGCUUUGCUCCAUACCACGUGGUUCGCACACUUCACCUACAUGCUGUCAUCGGGAACCAAAAGAAACAGGAAUACCUGCUGAAGGUUUUGGUCAUUACUUUGUGCAUGGCCACGUCCAACAGCUGUCUGAACCCCCUCCUGUACUACUUUGCUGGGGAGAAUUUUCGAGCAUCAAUUCAACAAGCGUCACGACGAUUGACAAUGACCUCUUUCACCGACAGCUUUCGUGAAAGGAGGAACCGAUCAGGUCAGAGGGGCAGCUUGGCAACAAACCAAACAAUAAUCAACAAUAAUCAGAAAAAACAGCAAGUAGAAAAACUAAUGGACAUAAUAGACAAGGAUCCAUAA